CGGCUCGGCUCGGCUCGGCUCUGCUCGGUUUGUUUUCAUCCCGCCCUCCACCGGAGCGGAGCGACAUGAAAACCGGAUCCCGCGGCGUUUGGCUGCUUUGGCGUCGGACCGGCUGGACGGAGAGGAGCGGGAACCGGAGCGGGAACCGGAGCUCAGAGCGGGAGGAGACCGGGAUAACGGCGCUGCUGAGCGGGCGUUUCACUGUCGAGAGGCCCCGGAGAGACACCGAGUGGUUCGCUGUAGUAGAGCCGGGCUGUGGGGCGCUGCUGGCGGAUCCGAUCUGAGACAUGUACCAGGUCCAGGGGAAAGGGGAAAGGGUCGUUGCCAUGGUGCUGAAGGAGCUUCCUGGUAAAAAGGCAUCCUCAGAAGGAAACCCCCUCCUCACCGUGACAACCAAGCUGGUUCGGGAGCAGCAGGAGAGUCGACCCCUGCUGAGUCCCUCCAUCGAUGACUUCCUGUCAGAGAGCCGGAGCGACGCCCCCUCCACCCGACCCCUCGCCUCCAACCCAGCAGUUCUGUCCACAGCUCUGGACCUGGUGGACCUCAGUGAGCCGGGGGAGAGCAGCGGGGGCAGCUGCAGCAGUGGGGGCAGUAAUGGUGGUAGUACUGGCAGCAAUAGUGUCGGUGGCAGCAGCACUAACAAGGACCCGAGGAGGAGCCCUCUGAGGCGGAAGGGCAGCUCGAGGAGCCCUCGGCGCCGGACGAGACCUGAGGAGACAGAGCUGAUCCAGGUUGAGGUGGAACACCUGCCUGCAAGUCCCAGAACACCUGAGAGGAUCUCACUGGACUCAGUCAGUCUGUCGUCUCCUCUGGACAAAUGGGACGAGGUGAACCUUGACGUAGAGGACGGGGGACGCAGGAGAUACGAGAAGAGAUGCACCUCCCACCACUCCUCCAGUGAACUGCUGUGGUCUGCAGAGUUUAAAACUGAUCCUCUAACAAAGAACUCCUUCGACAUCCACAGCUUCGAUGACCUCGACUUCAUAUCUUCAGCACAGGACUGCGGGGCGUCCAGGCAGCGCAGGCGGACUCGUUCCUUGUUGGCCAGGAAGGAGUCUCUGGAGGACGAGUUUGUCAGAGCGAAGGCUGCUGUUGAGUCGGACACAGAGUUCUGGGACAAGAUGCAGGCCGAGUGGGAGGAACUGGCUAGAAGGAACUGGCUGGAGGAGUCUGAGGACCAGGGUCCAAUCCCGCCUACCGUCUCACCGGCAGAGAAAGGUUACUACUUCAACACCAACAACCCGUAUAGAGACUGGCCCAAUGCCUUCGCUGAGGGUCAGGAGAAAGCUCGGGAGGGAGACCUGAAUGCUGCCGUGCUGCUGCUGGAAGCCGCCAUCUUACAGGACCCGCAGGACUCUGAGGCCUGGCAGCUUUUAGGAAUGACUCAGGCUGAGAACGAGAACGAGCAAGCCGCCAUCGUGUCCCUGCAGAGAUGUCUGGAGCUCCGCCCCAACAACCUGCCGGCUCUCAUGGCGCUCGCCGUCAGCUUCACCAACAGUGGCAUGCAGCCGGAGGCCUGUGACGCUCUGCGCCGCUGGAUCUGCCACAACCCCCGAUACAAACACCUGGUCCUGGACCGCAGGAGCCCGCUACAGGGCUCCCCGGCCACGCCUCGCAGGGGCCCGCACACAGGCGGCAGGUGUGAGCUUCAGGAUGUGCUGCUGCUCUUUCAGGAUGCGGCUCUGUUGAAUCUGGACUGUGUGGAUCCAGACCUGCAGACUGGACUGGGAGUCCUCUUCAACCUCAGCUCAGACUUCAACAAAGCUGUGGAGGCUUUUACUGCAGCGCUGUCUGUCAGACCACAGGACUACCUGCUGUGGAACCGUCUGGGUGCCACGUUGGCGAACGGAGACCGCAGCGAGGAGGCGGUAGAGGCAUACACCAGAGCCCUGGAGCUGCAGCCCGGAUUCAUCCGGUCCAGGUACAACCUGGGGAUCAGCUGCAUCAACCUAGGAGCUCACAGGGAGGCGGUCAGUAACUUCCUGACGGCUCUGAACCAGCAGAGGCGGAGUCAGCGCUGCAGCCACCAGCAGAUGUCGGCUAACAUCUGGGCCGCCCUGCGAAUCGCCAUCUCCAUGAUGGACCGACCCGAGCUGUUCCAGGCUGCCAACGUCGGGGACCUGGACCUGCUGAUGAGGGCCUUCGACGUGGGCGAUGUGUGAUGGCGGAGACGGACGGGACAGUUGGUUUGGUUUGAAACCAAAGAGCAACGGUGGAAAGCAAUAGAACAGCACAACCCUUUAGCUUCCUGUAGGAACACUUCCUGUUUGUAACGCUGAUGGCGAGACGUUCGGGGCGCUGACGCCUCCUGAAAAAGUCCUCAAUUGUCUUCAGUUCACUUUUCAAGAUUAGGCCUUAAAGCCAUGAAGAAUAUGAGUUUAUAAAGUCUUAAUUUAAAGAGAAACUGAACAGCUCCUGUAGUCACACCCACCAGUGAUGUCACAGUGUACCUGGAGUACAUCUUACAUCACUGAGUUCAACCACUGGACGCUGUUCAGUUGCUCUUUAAAGGUUCUUUAUUUUCUAGUUUCUCUCUUUUAUAUUGGAUCGUAUUUUAGUGUUGGUACAAACUCUUCCUCCAUCUUUAUUCACAUGUUGUCUUUGUACUCAGCAUAAUGUUUAUUUCCACAACAACACAGUCGCGUCGCACUUCUUCUCAUUGAAAUGUCAUCGACCCAUUUUUUUUUUGUCACUUUGCUGUUUUUCCGGUCACUGUUAAAGGCAUAUUUCAGGUUUUUUAAUGUGGGGUUCCUAAACUAAUCUACAUCAAUCCUAGGCUAGCAUUUUACCAACAUUAGCUGUCAGAUGUAACUAGCUAACGACUGAUGUAGAUUAGCUUAACGUAUUCUAGCCUAGCACACAGCAUCUAAGUUCACAGUUCGUCUAUGUUGAAAACAAAAUAAGUUUACCAAACAUUACAUUUACUUUCUAUAAUAAAAUAAUAUAAAAACAAAUUCAAUUCUUCAACAAAAAAAUAUCUGAAAAGAAAACAAACAAAACAAUAAUCUUAAGGGUGUAUCAUAAGCUAGGUUAUUAGCUAACAUUUUGCUAACACUAGCUAUCAGAUAUAACUAGUUGGCAACCAUUUCAUGUAGAUUAGCUAGGUAGUUAGCUAGUGUUUUGCAUACAUUAGCUAAGUUAAGAUGUGACUAUAUAUGUGUCUCUUUUAUUUUUUAACCAUCUUCAAAAUGUGGUUGUCUUUUCAAAACAGAUUAGCCUAGCACGUAGCAUAUCUAAGUACAAACCCACAUCAUAAAACCUCAACUAUCGCUUUAAGCUCCCACCAAUGAACGUCAACACUUCCUGCACAAAUGUUUGACACUAAAAACCUUCCUGGUUGGCUUUUAUUGUGAAACAUCUGCAGGAAGUGUUGAAUUUGGAUGAAAUGCUGUGUUAUAUUGCGUUAUAUUGAAUGUACCGUCUCAUAUUUAGUGGAUUCAGUGAUUAUUUGAUUGGAUUCAGUUUCCUGUUUGACCUGUAAAAGUGACGAACCUGCUGCUUCUCUUCUCACUGACCUCUGACACUGACUGACAGCCUCCUUCAGUCUGAAACCUUCCUGCAUCCUAAAUGUCUUUAUAUUCAUGUAUAUUAUAUUCCAACAAUCACCAACUCUGGUUUGGUGGAAAUAAAUCCUUAGUUCACCGACAUGGAAGUAAAAUGUUUUGUAAAGAUGGCUGCAACUUAAGCUAACGCUAGUCCUUGGGACAAACUAACAGUAGUAGUUUCUGCCACUGACAGACUCAGGUUGUUAUUGUCAGUGUCUGACAGCAUUAUGGAAAGGAUCCCUACAGAGAUAGACCUUUAGUUUAACCACAAACAGCCGUAAUAUCACUAUCUCUCUCCACCAGACUCCAGAGACAAAAACACUCAUUUUACCUUCAGAUCAUCGUAACUUCAUUAAAGUGAACAGAAACAGAAUCAAACUGAUUAAAAGCGUCUCUGUUAGUGUUUCCAACAACCACCAACUCUGGUUUGGUGGAAAUAAAUCCUUAAUUCACCGACGUAGAUGAUAAAAACAGCAGUUUCAGUCGGAGCAGACCGGCUAUGGAAACAAACCACAGAGAGGCUGCGAUACAACACAGGCAGAGGGAGAGAGACAGGCAGAGGGAGAGAGACACCAUGUGACUCUGUAUAUGGAGAAUAGCUGGUUCUAAAUCUAAAUGUUUUGGAUGAGAAUGGAGCUCAGGGAUGUCAGUGAUGGUGACAACGAGGAGGAGGAGGAAGAGUUCUCACUGCUGUGACUGUAAAAAUCAAACCACCUCCACCUGAAGCACUGACACAGUCUCUUUCUCUCUGGUUUCUUUCUGUCUUUCUUCCCUUUAAACCUUUAAAGCCAUAAAUGUCCACAAUGUCAAACUCUCAGCGGUUCAUUGUUCUGUUGCUGCCUGCUCUCAGGUCUCUCUCUCAGCUCACCCAGGUUGUUGAUUGUCUGUUGUUUUAUUCUGGCGUCUGUUCCCCUCACUUCCUUCCUGUCGUUGGCUCUCAGGUGAAUCUUCCGGCUUCAGUUUGAUCCGACAACAAUUCAAAGCUGCAGCAGUUUCUCUGCUCAAUGCACAAAACACACACACAGUCUAUUUAUACAGCAUCAGAUAUUCACAUUUUAGCCUUCAUAUCAAACGUAGUCAGAACUAUAUCUCAUGUAUUCCUGUUAAUCAAUAUUUAUUCUGUAUUUUUAACAACGAUUUGUUGCAGGUUUGUUUUGUUUAAAAAAGCUUCACUCGACUGCUGAGAACUCAGACUUUAAAGCUCCAGUGUGUCACAUUACUGGAAUAUAAUAUUCAUCCGCCAUGUUUCUACAGUAGCCCAGAACGGACAAAAGGAUUAAUCUGCAUAAACUUACUGUUACUUAUAUUCAGUACACACAUACAGUACAAGACUAUGAACUACAGGCUGAACUACCUUCUGCUGCUCAUUUACACUAACGUAUCCAUCCCGCUAUGAUGACAUCAAACGGUACCUAUAUCUCAGUAUUUGGUUCAUAUCUGUGAAAACUGUGAAAUCUUUAGUUUUAAAUGUAUAUUAUAACUAAAGAUGUGAUCACAGAUGAUAUUAUUAUUAUUGAUCACAUAUAUAAAAUAAUUGAUCACAUAUAUGUACUUAUAUGAGCUUCAGUCAUCCAAGCAAACAGCUGAUAGAUCAAUGAGAAUAAACAGAGAAUCCGUCAGAAAGAAGAAUAUUAAGUCUGAUUGUUAAAAUGAUAAAAACAGAAUACAGACAGAGAAUGGAUCAAUAUAUCAGGAAAACUCAUCUCUGAUCAAUAUUCACAGGAAAUAAUCAAACCUCCUGCAGUUAUUGAGUUCACUGUUUGGGUUCAUUGAUCAGUUGAUCAGCUGUUCUCUGCUGUUAUUGAUUCUGAUCAAUAUAAAAUACACUGUAAAUACAGAUAUCAGUUUAGUGAUAGAAACUGCUCCCUUAUGCAAACAGAAAUAAUUAUUGAUCAGUGAACAAUCAGUGAACUUCAAGAAGUCCAGCUCUCCUCCUGCUGCCGCUCUGUGCACAUGCUUUAAAGGCUGAGCUGUAUUCAGUUGGUUACAGUCUGUAACCCGGUGGCGCUGAAUCCCACACACUGGACCUUUAAAGACAGCUGAAUGUUCUCAGGGGAAACAUCUGGAACAUGUUGGCCAUGAUGUUUCGUUAUUUUGGUGUUUAACUCUCCAUUCACGUUGCUGCUGAAGCUUCAGUGUUUAAAGGGAAGAUUCACAAAUAAUGUUUCCAAAUGUUUGAAGGAAAACCAACAUUUUCCUUUACCUGACGAGCAGAUCCACUCCGCCGCCACAUAUUUUAGUUCCAGUGUCGUGUUUUCACCGUUACAGUUAUUUAUUUAUUUAUGUGUUGACUGUCAGUCCCUACAGGAAGUGGCGAUCGCAACAAUUAGCACAAAUUCAGCCGAUUCUCCUGCAGGUUUUGCUGAUCACAGCAGGGAAACGUUGAGCUGAACUGUUUCAUUCUCACUGGAACCAGUUAAGUUCGGGUUUCAAUGAAUUAUGCAAAAAGAAAGAAAUCGCAGUUAUUUUUGCUAUAUUCCAAAAUUUUAUCGCAAAGAAAUACCUACAAACAUCACAACAUGCAUAUGAUUUUUUAGAAAAGCUGCUGGAAAUUUGUAACAAUCCCCAAAGUCUGAAAUCCUGGAGGGAUUGAUCGUUGGGAGAGAUUAUUGAUUAAUGGUUUUACACAUCUGCUCCACAUUGAACCAACGGCCACGUCUCAAGUGUUCAAAUUCAGGGUCGACUAAAAUCUACCAGAUUGAGGUAAUUUAGGUUGUUUUAAUGUUUGUGUGGUUAUUUUUUCAUUUUCAUCUUAAAUGUAAUUUCAUUCUGGACCACAGCUGAAAAACAGCAGCUUUUAAAUCUUGGAAUAAUAAAGUGAUCUGAGAGAUAUUAAGUUUUAAACUGAGCAGUGAUAGUGAAAUAUUCUGUAUGUAUUAAAGGUUUUCCUUCAGGUGAUUGGUUGAUUGGUUGAUCAAUCAGCUUGUGAAUCUUCCCUCUGCAGCUUCGAAUGAAUCCUUCAUAUCUUUAUGUUUGUGUAAAUGAUCAAUGUACAGACAAUAAUCACAUGUAAACUGAUAUUUUAGAAAUUAAACAGCUGAUGCAGAACCUGAAAAA